AUGUCGCGAGAUCCAUACCACACUUCCGCCGACGAUUUAAGCUUUCGUCGCGGAGAACGAUGGGAUAGUGAGCGGUUUGCUUUCGAGCGGGAGCGGGAGCGGGAUCGCGACCGUUUUGGCGGAGAGAGGGGGCGCUUCGAAGAGCGCGACACAAACAUGGGCCAUGGAGGAGAUUCCGGUCCUAGACGGGUGCGAGAACGGUCGGUCGAUGAAAUUUACGAACGUGAGCGGAGAGGUCCUCGAGGAGGACAUGAAGACGACUUCUACGAGAAGCACACCCACUAUGAUGACGAGCCACGAUUCCAGCGGGAGAGAGCGCCUGAGAGAGACAGAGGCCGGUUUCGUAGCCCUUCUCCCCCGCCCAGGCGAAUCCCCGCUCGACCAGCUUUCUUGAGGAGACAGUCUAGUUUAGACACUUAUGAUCGGAAGCCGCUCGCAAGAUUCGACAGGGAAGAAUACGGCCCUCCAGCCAGAUAUAGAGAGGAGUUUAGGCCUCCGCCAAUGACGCCGAUUCCACUGCCGAAGUCAAGGGGUUUACCGCCGCCGAGACGGUAUCCUGAACACGAAUACUAUGAUGACAUCCAGGUGACAGACCCUGACUUUUAUGGCGAUGACGAUUUCAGAGGUGUUCCCGAGCGUGUCCGCGAGAGAGAGAUUAUAAGAAGACGAAGACGGAGCAAAAGCAGGGAGAGCAGGCAUGGCCACAGCGUGAGAGGAAGUGUACGAAGUAGCAGCCAAGACUCUUUUAGCAGCGACGGCACAUACGAAACCGUUAAGAGCGAAUUUCCAAAGCGAGGAAAGACCCGGAUGCCUGCUAAGCUUGUGAGCAAGAAGGCGAUUAUCGAUUUGGGAUAUCAAUUCGUGGAAGAGGGGGAAGUAAUCGUGAUCUUGAAAGCCCUUGGUAGGGAGAAUAUUGAUGAAGUCAUUAAGUUGAGCGAAGACUAUAAAUCGCAAAAAGUUGAAUUUGCUCCACCGCGCUCGGAUGCUGGAACGGUCUAUGAAGAAUAUCGAAAAGAGGUGUUACCAUCGCAAAAUGUGGAAAUUAUUGAAGAUACCAAGGUCGUUGAACGUCAUUCACCUUCCCCAGCGAGAUCUAUCAGAUCUCACCACCAUCGCCACGGUAGCGGCGCUAUCGUCAUUGAUGCUGGCCCACGAGAUGAAAGCUCUUUUUUCGAGAGAAGGAAAGAUUCAAAGAGAGAGGUGAUUGAUGUCGAACGAUCUGGUAGAAUCAUCGCUGUAGGCCCACUUGGACUAGCUCUUCCACCAGAACGAUCACGAAGCACCAUGGACGAACGAGGAAUCCGUGCUGAGAUCAGAGCUUUAGAGGCAGAGAGGGAUGCUCUCAAAUUUGAGAAGCGGGAACGGAGUAGAUCUCGCCAUCAUCACUAUAUUGACCACCACGACCACCACGGUCACCACCAUGAUCACCACCACGACCACCAUGGCCAUCAUCAUGGUCGUCAUUCCGAAACUGACUUAGUGAUCUAUGACCGAGAAACCCUUAACGUCCCCGGUGAGGAACUCACCUUGGUAAGGAGGGAGAAAAUCAUUGAGUCCGAGCCUGAUGGAGGAGUGAGGAUUGAAAAGGAUAAAAAAGGUCCACCGCCAAAGUUGAUUAGAGCUAUGCUCAAAACCCUUACCUGA